AUGUCAACGGAGACCUUCACGCAAAAGGCCAUGAUGAGUGCCGGCCUCUCGGGGCCGCACAACUACCACUACCAGAAACACCACCUGUACAACCCGGCUCCGAGGCUCUCCGCCCUUGUACAGGCUAAGCAAGCCAAGUCAUCGUCGAGGCGCUCGUCGACGAUGGCCCGGCAGCGAGCACGCCAGCAACAACCCCAGCCACUACAUCCCCUGGCAACCAUGGUCGCCGUCGUUUUCGACUACUUUUUGAGAGGAGUUCUGGACAUCACAAGACCGCCGAGAGAACUGGUCACCAUGGUCGUGAGGGGGGUCUUUACCAGCCUCUGCUGGGCGUAUCAUGCGCUGCCCAUGCCGCUUGCAGUGGGCAUGUUUUAUUACGGCUUCCAGAGCGUCCCCGACGGAUUCCGCAGCGUCGAGGAGUUGCGGAUGAUGUACAGCACGAAAUCGGACGGCGGAGCGGUCGUCGGGGGCGCAUCCGGCAUCGAAGGCCUUUACGGGCUGGGCGAGCUGGUCCUGGUGCGAUGGGGGGAUUUGGGUGUCCUGUCGGCGUUCUAUUGUCUCGCCAUGAUGACGGCGGCGUAUACGGUCAUGGUGCUCAUGGAGAUGCGCGACUACAUCCUUGACACCUGGGCUCUCAUUGUCGACGAGGCUCUCGAGAUCAAAGCGCUGCUGCGAGCGGACGAGGCCUAG